UUAACAAUAUUAGAAUUAAAUUCAUCAAAAAUAUAUGAUAGUACAAUGCAAGCAAUUAUUAAAAAUUUAAAAAAUUUAAAGAAAUUAAAAAUUGAUACUUUUAAGGGUAGUGAUUAUGGAUUUACUGGAAUUGAUUCAGAAACUGGCAAACAAAAUGGUGUACCAAUUUGGAAUUUAACAAAAUUAGAAAAUUUAAAAUUAUUUUAUACAAAAGCAUUUAAUCACCAAACAAUUAUGAAUUUUUUCAAAUUUACACAAUUAAAAACAUUUUUAUUUGAAAAUAUUAAAAUUAGAUGGAAAUGUGCUCUACCAGUUGAUUAUAUUUUACAAAUUAUUAAUAAUUGCCCGGAAUUAGAAACAUUACGUUUUUCAUAUAAUGAAGAAGUUUCAUUGCAAUCAAUUAGGAAAUUAAAAGAAAUUUAUGAUCCACAAAAUCGAAUUAUAUCACGUGAUUUUAAAAAUUGUUGCGACAACUAA